UCUGUAAGCGUGGAGCCUCCUUUGCUCUGGCACACAGACUGGGCUGCAUGGAAGAUCUAUUUGGCUGAGUACUGCGAGCGCACCAAGCAAGUGUUGCCCGUGAAAGAGACCCUGUCUCGUGCAGAGCGUAUCAAGCGCUUAAAGUGUACUAAGAAAGGAAAAGAAGUCUCUAUGAAAGAAAACGAUGACUCCCUGUUGCUCCCCGAGGCGUUUGACCCGUAUCAGCGGACUUACAUUUGCACCCACGGUUGGAAAAAGAGGAAGUCACGCAGUGAAGGUAGUCGUCCAAAGCAGCAUAUACGGUUGACGAAUUGCCCGUUUAGAUUCGUGAUACAGUGGAAUUUGUCAAGGGGCGAGCUGCAAGUAAAGCUUGGAUGCUUUACCCACAAUCACCCGGUAUCGGCUGCUGCCUACGCGACGUAUCCG